GAUUAAACAUAAACAUAAAUGAAACAUCAACCGUUAUAUGUUUCUGUGAUAAUAUGUUUUAUAUUUCUGUAUAUUUCUAUACAUUAGCAAACCGAAGUCUAAAUAUUUAUUUAAAAAGUAUUGACGACMAAUUCUCUGGCCAGUUGUGUCCAUCAUGUUUCUUUGAAAUAUGACAAAUACACUUCUUUGGAUAUGGGGCCAGGGUCAUACAUUUAAUGUAGCUACAGGCAGUAACAUGUUAUGUUCAGAAAAAGAGUAUUAUAUAAGAAUCAAUCAAUUACAUAGAUGGAGUCAGCAGAGUGGCAUGAGACCGUUUUUGUGAUUGGUAAAAGAACAAAUGCUGGAACAUUUGACAAUGGGAAUUGCAAAGUAUUUGAUAAAAAUGGAUAUCGUUGGAUAGUUGAUCAACAGUUUUAUAAAAGUUUAGAAUUACCUGAAGAUCCGUGUAAAUGGGAUCAGGUGCAAGUUUGUAUUUGGAUGAAAUGGGCUAAAAUUGAAUACAACUUAACUGAUUUAAAUAUCACUGAAUUAACAAUAAAUGGAAAACAGUUAACUUCAGACAAUUUUUGUUGGAAUAUUACUGGUUUAGAAGAUAAGCGUUCAAACAAUGAUUUUUGGACGCACAUUUGUCUGCUUAAAACUAUGCAUAAAGUAUACAUUAAACAAAAUAACGAAGAAUUUAUCAAUAUCCCAACACUUCUAAAUUAUAAAAACGAAAUGUAUUCAAAUUCUGAUUUCAAUCAUAAUGUAGAAAUUUGGCAAUUUUUACUAAAUUUAUUAACAGAUAUUGAAUAUCAAAAUGUGAUUGAAUGGAUUGAUAAUGAAGGAACAUUUAAAAUAAAAAAUCCAAAUACUGUUAGUAUCAUGUGGGGUUUAGUUAAAAAUAAUUGGAGAAUGGAUUACAAUAAAAUGGCUGCAGCAUUAAGAUACCAUUAUGGAAAAGGUAUUAUAGAACGAGCUAAGGGAAAACAUGUUUAUAAAUUUGCUGGUGAUAUAAAAUCUAUGAUUGGUCAUAAUCCUAUGGAAAUAAAGAGUAUGUUUCAACAAGAAUCUAAUCAAGGUACAUAAUAAUUGUAUUAUAUUUAUUACAAUAUUAUACUGGUAUACAUAAAAAAAACUAAUUAACUAAAUGAAUCACUGAAAUUUAAUAGACCACUGAAUCAUGUCUAAGAAACCAUUACUGAAGUAUUACUGAUUCAUUAAAUGUUUAUUGAUUGUUUAUGUAACCCGGCAUUAUAUAGUGCUAUAACUGGAUGAGUAUUGAGUAUUAUAUAUUUCAUCCACUGUGGUUAUCAAUAGUCACCUAUAAAGCUCCAAUACUCACUGAAGUUACAUCUCUUUACAGAAAUUAUAUUUAUGUUAAUCAAUUAUAAUUUAUAUGUAAAAUACAAAUUAUUACUUCAUUCAAGUAUCCAACUCAUA